AUGCAAUUCAAUUAUGGCCUCCAAUCUGCCAAACAUGGUCACUACCGCCUGCUUCCUGAUUCAGAACUUUCUUUGCCCUCAGAAAAUGAUCUGAAAAUUGAAAGGAAGGAGACAGAACACAAGGAGGCUUCUCAAGAAGAAUUCCCAAGACUGAAGGUGCAGGAUGUUUCUAUUCGUAGGAAGACUCCGAUCAACAAGUAUGCUCUUGUAUUUCUGGCCUCCACAAACUCUGUUCUUUUGGGCUAUGCUGCUGGUAGGACAUCUGAUUAUAUUGGAAGACGCUACACCAUUGUCCUAGCAGCAGCCACUCUCCUUGUCGAUGCACUUCUUAUGGGAUUCGCUCCAUCUUUCUUGUUCCUAAUGGUUGGAAGGGUAGUGGCUGGCAUUGGUGUAGGCUUCUCCCGAAUGGUGUUGGCAUUGUAG